AUGGCUGAAAGUGAACAACAACCCGAGGAAGCCUACGCCAUCAAAUUACAAGGUGAUGUCCCAAGAUACGUUCUUGGCCCUUUGUACCUACUUCAACCUCUAGAUGAAGUGGUGAGGAUUUGGGCUGAACAAAGUUGGCCAUGCAAAACUUCUGAGGUUGACUAUGUGGCUAAGAAGAAGUCCAAAGCCAAGAAACCCAACCCAGAGGCCGACGUUGAUCCUAAGAAAAGUUGGUAUGAUUGGUACAAAGCUUUGGAACCAAAACUGAAGACUUCUUGGCAAAAAAGCGAGAUCUAUGAUAUCUUGGCUUUUUUCGCCUCCGGGGACUUUCCUUGUGAUUGCUCACUCAUCUUUGCAGGCUUAUGUUUUUGGUCAUCCUCUGUUAACUACAUGAGGUUACGGUUUGGGAUGAUGACCCCCACUUUACUUGAUCUUGCCACUAUCUCCAGCUUUCGUCCACACGGUGUGCUUUAUUCAGCAGCCGACCUUCUGGAACCCCUUUUGAAGCCGAACUACAACAAGAAUUUCAACAACUGGAUCAAGACCAACUUUGGUUAUACUGGGUCAUCCUCUAGAGCUCCGAUAGGUUCAACAAAUGGUGUAUCUUACACAGAGCAUGUAGCCUUUCUUCAUAUGUGGCUAUGCAUAUUAUUGACUUGCUCAAAAUCUUGCCAAGUCACCAAAGAGGUCUAA